AAGGCUGGAGCCCUGGAUCCGCACGGUGGGAAGCGGCCCGAGCGCCGGGCGGGGGCCGGGCCGGCUCUCAUGCCCUUUUUGGCGCAGCAGCUCUGGGCGCUGCCCUUUACUGCCGCUGGGGCCCGAGAGAGAGGCGAGCCGGAGACGGCCGUGCUUCUGCAGCGGCCUCCUCCCCUCCCCGCCCGGUGCCGCAGGAUUGCAGCUGGCACUGAAGGGUGGGCAAGCUCGAGGGAGGGGCGCUCUGGGAGCCCCGGCGCCUGUGGGCUCUGAGCCGCGGGCGCCGAGCUUGGAUGCAUUUAGCUGCCUGCGUGAGCGCGUGUGUGGCCACUGCAGUGGCGGUGGCGGCUGGGCCCGAUUUGGCCCGCGAUACCCCUGCGCGCUUCCGAGGAGCCCGGCUGGAGAGCCCGCCCCGCGGCCUCGCCUCCCUGCCGAGCUUCCAGCGCCUCGGGACGCGAUGAGGACCUGGGCUUGCCUGCUGCUCCUCGGCUGCGGAUACCUCGCCCAUGCCCUGGCCGAGGAAGCCGAGAUACCCCGAGAGCUGAUCGAGCGGCUGGCUCGAAGUCAGAUCCACAGCAUCCGGGACCUCCAGCGACUCUUGGAGAUAGACUCCGUAGGGACUGAGGAUGCCUUGGAGACGAGCCUGAGAGCCCAUGGGUCCCACACCAUUAAGCAUGUGCCCGAGAAGCGGCCUGUGCCUAUUCGCAGGAAGAGAAGUAUUGAAGAAGCCAUUCCUGCAGUUUGCAAGACCAGGACAGUCAUUUACGAGAUACCUCGGAGCCAGGUGGACCCCACAUCGGCCAACUUCCUGAUCUGGCCCCCGUGUGUGGAAGUGAAGCGCUGCACCGGAUGCUGCAAUACCAGUAGCGUCAAGUGCCAGCCCUCAAGGGUCCACCACCGCAGUGUCAAGGUGGCCAAAGUGGAGUAUGUCAGGAAGAAGCCAAAAUUGAAAGAGGUCCAGGUGAGGUUAGAGGAACACCUGGAGUGUGCGUGCGCGACCUCCAACCUGAACCCAGACCAUCGGGAGGAGGAGACAGGAAGGCGUAGGGAAUCAGGUAAAAAGCGGAAAAGAAAAAGGUUAAAACCCACCUAAGGCGGCCGACCAGAUGUGAGGUGAGAUGAGCCGGCCGCCCUCUCCCGGGACACGGAUGUACGUGGCGUGUGACAUUCCUGAACAUACUAUGUACGGUGCUUCAUUGCCAAUGUGCGUGCGGUCUUUGUUCUCCUCCGUGAAAAACUGUGUCUGAGGACAAAGAGACAGUGUCCGUUUGUUCAGUGUGACAUCAAAGCAAGUACUGUAGCACUCGGAGAGGCAGCGAGAAAGCUUCCUUGUCACAGAGAGCGAAAACAAAACCACAAAAAAAAAUAAAAAAAAAAAAUUAAAAAAAAACCACCAAAAAAAAAAAAAAACCAACCCAACAACAACAACAAACCCACCACAAGAAACAAAAAGACUGAGGUGGGCAACAGAAGGGCCGUCCUGCAGGAUUGACCCUUGAGGGGUAGCCGAUGUUGGCCACUGCCCUGAAUUCUGCCCGUGGGCACAGGUGCUUUUCGCUGAGGACGCCCGGAGCCUGCCUGGGAUGCUGCCCGCUGGUUCCACUAGGCAAGGAAGCUGAACAGCUGGGAGAUGCCCACGGGCCUGGAAGCCGCCACCUCGCUUGAGUCUGCCUAGGACUUUCCAGACGGCCUUACGUGGAAUUUCUUUUUCCUUUCCUUUGCUUUCUUUCUCUCUCUCUCUUUUUUUUUUACACCAUAAAGUGAUUAAGCUUUUUCUUUUUAAUUCUCUGCCUAGCUUUUUCUUUCUUUGUUUCUUUCUUUUUCUUUUCUUUUUCUUUUUAAACCUCUUGGAUGACAUUUUCGUCGGUAACACGCACGAGGCUGCUGUAAGUUGGGACAGCGAGACGGUUAUUUUUUCCUAGCCAAACUAAUGAGGUGUAUUAAAAUAAACAUGGUAUACCUACCUAUAUACAUCA